CGCUGGCAAUCGGACGCGUUUUGAAAACCAGCUCGCUCUCUCUCUCCUCGAUUUCAUUCUGGUUUUCCUUUGAUUUUUGACUGGGAAAGUAAGAAGGUGCGAAAAAAAACAAAAGCAAGCAGCAAGAGGAACUGCAAGAAUAAUAGAAAUUGCUGUUGAGAAGCUGAAAACAGGAAAUCCAGAGGCGAGAAAUCAGUUUUGACCAUUCGCAGACUCACCGCCGACCGACCAUGAUCUUGCGAACGCCACUCGCCGCCGGCCACCAGCUGCAGCUCCUCCUGCCCGCCGUCCUGCUCCUGCCCCUCCUCCUCCUCCUGCUGCUGCUGCCCAGCUCCUCCUGCGAUGCCAAGACGGUGAAUCCGGGGGAUCAGCUGCAGAUGCAGCACCAUCAGAUGUCCGCAGAGCCGGGACUGCCGGAGCCGAGAGCCUACAUGCCGGAUGCCCAGCACCUGGACUUUGUCUACCACGACCACGAGGAGCUCACGAGGUUUCUACGGGCCACCAGUGCCCGGUAUCCCAACCUGACGGCCCUCUACUCCAUCGGCAAGUCCAUCCAGGGGCGGGAUCUCUGGGUGAUGGUGGUCAGCUCGUCGCCCUACGAGCACAUGGUGGGCAAGCCGGAUGUGAAGUACGUGGGCAAUAUCCAUGGCAACGAGCCCGUGGGCCGCGAGAUGCUGCUCCACCUGAUCCAGUACUUUGUGACCAGCUACAGCUCGGAUCAGUAUGUCAAGUGGCUGCUGGACAACACCAGGAUCCACAUCCUGCCCACGAUGAAUCCGGAUGGCUAUGCGGUUUCCAAGGAGGGCACCUGCGACGGCGGCCAGGGAAGGUACAAUGCCCGCGGCUUCGAUCUGAAUCGCAACUUCCCCGACUAUUUCAAGCAGAACAACAAGCGUGGCCAGCCGGAAACGGAUUCGGUCAAGGAUUGGAUAUCCAAGAUCCAGUUUGUGCUGAGUGGCAGCCUCCAUGGCGGCGCCUUGGUGGCCAGCUAUCCCUACGACAAUACGCCCAACUCCAGGAUCUGCCGUUCGUCCGCCCUGUGCGCGAUGUUCCAGACCUAUUCGGCGGCGCCGUCCCUGACGCCCGACGACGAUGUGUUCAAGCACUUGUCCCUGGUCUACGCCCGCAACCACGCCAAGAUGUCCAGGGGCGUGGCCUGCAAGUCGGCGACGCCGGCCUUCGAGAACGGGAUCACGAACGGGGCCGCCUGGUAUCCUUUGACCGGUGGGAUGCAGGACUACAACUACGUGUGGUACGGCUGCAUGGAGAUCACCCUGGAGAUAUCCUGCUGCAAGUUCCCGCCCGCCUACGAGCUCAAGAAGUACUGGGAGGACAAUCAGCUGUCCCUGAUCAAGUUCCUGGCCGAGGCGCAUCGAGGGGUCCAGGGAUUCGUGUUCGAUCCGGCGGGCAUGCCCAUUGAACGGGCCUCCAUCAAGAUCAAGGGCCGCGAUGUGGGCUUCCAGACCACCAAGUACGGUGAGUUCUGGCGCAUUCUGCUGCCGGGCUAUUACAAAGUGGAGGUCUUUGCCGAAGGCUUUGCCCCUCGGGAAGUGGAGUUCGUGAUUGUGGAACAGCAUCCCACGCUGCUCAAUGUGACGCUGCAGCCCUCGAAGUACCUGGUGACAGCUUCUGGUUCAACAACCUCAACUGCAAAGCGUCGCGUCAAUGGAAAGUUGCAGCUGUCCACCGAAUAAUCGAGAUCCGAUUUCCGGGAGUCCACUACGAUCGAAUGUAAAUAAAAUAGCUGCAGUGCUUUAGUCCUAUUAACACCUCCUCACCCCUGAAACUCCACACAUUCGUUUGUUCGUUAAUUCCACAUUAAAUCUAGGUAUUUCCGGUACAUUCUGGUAUAUUCCUAUUGUACUUACCUGAGAAGCUAAAAAUAAUAAUAUGUAACAUACUAUAUGAUUUAAGAAAGGCCUAAUAAGUUUUCUAAAAUUGUAAACAUCUUGAGCACAAUUUGUAAAUUUUCGUUUUAGCUGGAAACUUUAUAUUUAUUAUUUUUUUUAAGAUAAUCUUUAAUUAGUAUAUUUGUUCUUAACCCAUAACUUUUAAGACCAUUGCUGGUACAAGGUCUAAUUUGUAAUAUAAGGCUUAAAGUGGUAAAUGGAAUACUAAUCCAAAGAGAACCUAAGUAAUCACUUGUUAAUUGAUUUCGCAGCGCAUUGAGGGCAUCGGGGGUCCCAUGGGUC